AUGGGCUGGACUGCACUCACAAGUGGCCCAGUAUCAUUCGAUUCCGGUUCAGCUCGUUCGGUUCCACUUCCCCGUCUCGCUCCAAUCGCCAUCGCAUGGCCGCCGCCGCCCUCCUCUUCCGCCAUUGAUUUCCUCUCCUUCUGCCACCGCUUGAAGGUAGAGCAAACGUGUGUGAAAAUGGCGAUUGUUCAUGAUAUAGCUGAAGCUGAGGAGAUAGCACAGUUAUGGAAAGAGUAUGAGGAUAAUUCUUCCCCUGAAGCCAAGAUGGUGAAGGACUUUGACAAGGUGGAGAUGAUACUUCAGGUUUUAGAAUACGAAAAUGAGCAAGGAAAGGAUUUGGAGGAAUUCUUCCAGUCAACUGCUGGCAAGUUUCAGACAGAUGUAGGAAAAGCCUGGGCCUUGGAGAUAGCAUCCAGAAGAAAAGGUAAGUAGCUGAAAAGGGAAUACAGUUGAAAUUUGCAUAACUUUUGCUGACCUUGUGGACCAAAAGAACAGACCCUGAGCUCACCAUUCACUAGUUUUCUUCCAUCUCUUGUAUGCCUGAAAUUCUUCAAUUAGAAACAAUGUUACUGUCUUGUUCGUCCUACGUGUACUUUACCGGAGUUUUUUAAUGGGUGCACACACUGUGUUGGGUUUGGGUUUAGAGAAACUCGACCUAUUGUCAUCCCUAAUCAUCAAUCGUCCAGCUUAAAUUGAUUCGCUCUACAGAC